GUGUCCCAGCCACCAAGUUCCAUAAUAUUUCUUUUGGCUAAGUGUAGCUAAAUGAUAUUUCACACCUGAAUCAAUGGAAUCAGAAUUGCAGCAAUCCUUGACAGAGCUGCUUUUAACGGCUUUGUGCAAAUUACAGUGGAGAUGCUCUACGUGUGUUUCUACAUCUAUCAAACAUGAGUAAGCUGAAAAACUUGUUCCUAUAUUUAAAUACUCCAACAACAAAAUAAGGCCAACGCAUUUGUUUUUGUGAAGCCCGUGCUAGCAGCUUUUUCCUUUAUAAAUCCCCUUGUUAAUAUCAUAUAUUCCAAGCUACCCAAAGAAGGUCUGUAGCACAGGAAGGAGUACGUUGUGGCUGCAGAUCAUAUGCAAGAGCUGAUUUAACCUCCACGCUAGUUGGCUCACUCUUCAUGUAAAUAGCAACACAUCACAAACUAGGACUUCACUAAUUAACUGCUCUCUCUGAACAGCUGAUCCUAUCAUCCGCAAUCCAAGAGUGCCAUGUCGUGUACCAGUCCCUGUAUCAAUCCCACAAUUAUCGAGCAGCUAAACAGGAAAUCAAACACAUUCUCUUCUGACCCUUUUCCGAUGUGAUGCAUGCUGGCACCUUGCACAACGUUUCCAAGGAUUUUUAAGUGUGGCACCUGAGAGAACUGUUUUAAUUUGGGCUGCUCCAUCAGUCGUUGCCAUCUGCAUCAAAGACGGGUGUAGAAACACCCCACCUUUGGUUAAGUGAAAUGGAAUUUUUUUAUAUAUUGUUAGUGAUACUGCUGCUGGUUUUUACUGCUUCAUUCACAUUAGCAAUUGUAAGAACUAUUCAGGUGGACUUUCCCAAUGUCCACAUCCCUCCUGGAGUGGAUCAGCCUGGAAAGCUUCGUAUUAUCCAUGCACAUAUGGUUUUUACAUCUGCUCUGGGCAAGAUCUUGGAGAAGAUUGGAGUGUGCACAGAGAUCACCUUCACCCGCUACGUGCGCUCAGGGAAGAAGCGGGGACCGGAGCCACAGCUGUUCCUGCAGGACCUGCACUUUGGUGGAGUGCCGGUGCGGCUCUACCUGCCCCGUGUGCCAUCUGCUGCCCCGAGGCCUGCCAUCAUCUUCUUCCACGGCGGUGGUUGGAUUUACUGCAGCAUCGAUUCUCAUGACAACAUCUGCCGUUACAUCGCCAGAGAGAGCGGCUCCGUGGUUGUGUCUGUUGGGUAUCGUUUAGCUCCUGAGCACAAAUACCCUGCUGCAUAUGAAGAUUGCCUUAAUGCUUCCAUACACUUUAUGAGGAAUGCAGAGCACUAUGGGGUGGAUCCUGCCCAGAUCAGUGUCUGUGGGGACAGUGCUGGGGGCAAUCUAGCUGCUGCUGUUAGCCAGACCCUGGCAGGUAGAGCAGACCUCCCCAGGCUGCGUGCUCAGAUCCUGAUCUACCCAGGCCUUCAGGCAGUGGACAUGGAUUUACCAUCCUACCAGCAAAAUCGGGGAGUCCCACUCUUACUCCGAGAACGUGCUGCUUUCUUUGCUUUGCAGUACCUAUAUGGGGAUGCAUCACACAAGCAAGAUGUCCUGAAGGGCUCUCAUGUUCCUCCAGAAAUGAGGCAGAAGUACAAAAAGUGGGUGAGCCCAGACAACAUCCCUGAGAGGUUUAAGGCAAGAGGAUACAACCCACAAAAAACUUAUGACAUCACAGCCGAAAUUUUUAAGAAAUUUGAAAGAAUUUGUGAGCCCAACCUGUGCCCCCUGCUAGCUGAAGAUGCUGUUAUUCAGCAGCUGCCCGAGUCCUUCAUCUUAACGUGUGAGUAUGAUGUGCUAAGAGAUGAUGGCUUGCUGUACAAGAAGAGGUUGGAGGACAACGGAGUCCGAGUGACCUGGUGCCACCUUGAGGAUGGGUUCCAUGCAAUAUUGAGCCUGUAUGAUUAUGGUGGGUUGUCGUUUCCAUCCGGGAAAAGGGGAUUGGACAGAAUUGUUCAAUUCAUAAAAGGCCUUUAGAAGAAGCUUUCCUCGGUUAUCUUUCUGCAUCUCAGAAAUUAGUGGAUGCUCCCAGAGCUUGGAUGGUAAUUGUCAGCAACAAAGUGAUACCCCUCUAUGUGUACAAUAUCAAUUUUGAACUUGUAGAACUUCAAAUGCAAUGAUCUGAACAGUGCUCACUGUCAUUGCGAGACUAUUGACAGGUCAGCCUUUCCAGUGUUGCUUUUCAGCCCCCUUUCCAUCAAAUCAGCACCUGAUUGAUUCCUUAGAUUUAAUUAAAAGAUGAUUUGCUUCCAUGUCAGCAUUGUCAAUGGAAUAAUUUGGAUUUAAUAACUCCUGUGAAUUACAGUCAGGAUCUUUGUGAUAUCUGGCAAGCUUGCCUUUAUUUCAUUUAGAUAAUAAGUGCAUGUCAUGUAUAUAGUGAGUGGAGGGAGGAGUUAGAAGAAAGCUACAGAACAAAAAUGGAGGAGAUGAGGGUUUUAGCAAAGAGAUUUGACCUACAAGGGCAUGGCAGAACCACAUCUGCAAGAGGAGCAGCAGCAGAAGGCCUGUGUCAAUUUGGGACACCUCCCUGAGGCAAGUAAGGGCUGCCCUGACUAUGAAAUAACAACGUCUCCAUCAACUCCUAUUUAAUUUUGGGUGUCUCCAGUAUGCCCCCUGGAGUUUGGGGCAAAAUAUUGGUUGAGAGGGAGCAGCACUUUGUAAGAUAUGAGUCAGUAAUGACAGAAUGGGGCUCCCAGUUGGCCUCACUCAUCUUUAUUGCACUCUGCUGCACUCCUUCCAAGGGAGAUCCCUGCCUUUUUUGAACCGGGGAGCCCAGAACUGGAUGCAGUAUUUCACAUAUGGUCUUCCCAUGGCAGUGCAGAGGGGGAGGAUCAUCUCCUUCACUCUGCUGGCCACGAUCUGCGCAAUGCACCCCAGGCUUGAAUCUUAA